AUGACCCAAGCGCCCAAGCCAAGACCCAAGGCCCAAACCCAAGGCGGCAGCUCCAAGAGCCAGAGCCAGAGCCCAGAGCCCAAGAGCCAAGAGCCCAACCAGAGCCCAGAGCCCAAGCAAGAGCCCAAGAGCCACAAAGCCAAAGAGGCCAAGAGCAAGACCAAGAGCCAAGAGCAGGCCCAAGAGCAAAGGCAAGAGCCAAGAGCCAAGAGCCAAGAGCCCAGAGCCAAGAGCCCAAGAGCCCAAGAGCCCCAGAGCCAAGAGCAACCCAGAGCCAGAGCCCAGACCCAGACCAGAGCCAAGAGCCGCAAGAGCCAAGAGCAAGGCCGCAAGAGCCCAAGAGCCCCAGAGCCAAACAAGAGCCAAGAGCCAAGAAUACGAAUCGCUAUGCUCAGUGUUAGCACUGGUCAUGAGCCUGCUGGCGGCUGCCCGGCCCCCGACCGCGCAGGGGGGCUUCCCGUCGCUCCCGCUGUGGUCAAUAAGAUGAGAUAG